AUGGCUGACCAUCGAGUCUUACAUUACCUGCCGCCAGGAUGGACGGAAGAAAUGUAUGAGAACCAGUCUGACGCCGCCCUUGGAGCCCUUUCAGAACAGGAACUACAACAUUUGAUGGAACGCCAGGCAGCCGAAGCCAAGCUCAUCAGUGUGCAACACACGGCCCGCAUGAAUGAGGAGCGCAUCGCGCGCGGGGCGCCCCAGAUGAGAACCCCAUCGCCACCAGCCGAUGAUGACGACGAUGCUAAAGGACAGACCGAAGCAGGCUUGACAUAUUCAGAUUCGACAGCGCUCGAAAAACUGCAAACGCUAACCUCGCUGGUCGAGGAGGAAGACUGGCCUGAUUUCGGCUUUUUGGUGUUCCGCACAGACUACUCCGAUGAGACUCUCUGGGAGAAGUUCAUGGCCCAAUACGACGUAGUCCUUGAUGAGGGGAUGGAUGCUGCCCCGGCAGAGUCUGGGAUCGAGCGGAUUCGCGACCGGGUUUAUCUUAGGUUCGUGUCGGAUGAAGCAUUGGCGGGGGAGCCGCCGGCGAGUGUGGCGUAUGCCUAUCGCCUGUGCGCGGAGGAGAUGGAAGACGAUGCUGAGGAGGAUAGACUUGAGCGUGGACUCCACACACGGAUGUGCCUCAUGGUCGACGAGGAGUGUAUGCGUUCCGUUGUGGAUGUGAAACCGGGCGAGGGCUCUCCUGCGCCGUUCAUGAAGGCGGUUGACCUCGCUCUAGGAGAGCAGCGAUUGUCGUACUCGGGAACUUUCAAGGUGGCGAUCGCUUCGCUGAUCACCGAUUUCUAUCCUGCGUUGCUUGCCUGUCAGGAACCUUCGGAUCUUGUGCCACCAAUGGCGGAUGGAAUUUGGGGAGCGUGA